GUUUGUCUAUGUGUGUGUGUGUGUGUGCACGCCUCUGUAUGAAUUCUCCUGUGCCAAAUCAGCUCAGAGGGACAUUGUGAUUAAGCGGCUGAGCUGAUCUCAUUGACAUUUUAGAUUAGCACUCUCUGCAGGGCCUCAUCUCUCUGUCAGCGAUACAGGAUUAAGAUAGCACUUUGACUAAGGAUGAUGAUGGUGAGCGACGACUGUCUGGUGGAGUGUAAGAUCGAUGACAGUGAUGAAGAUGAUGGUGGAGUAGAACAGAUGAGCCCCCCUCCUCCUCCUCCUCCUCCAGAGUUUGCAUCCAAUGCCCCGACUCCGGCAUCCAGGCCUCCGACCCCUCCCACGGCCCCUGAUACACCCACACCCACCCGUCCUGUCAGCAGGGACCCUUAUGGCAUCAACAAGCACCUACAGGUGGAGGUGAGUGAUGUGCUGGCAGAGCCUGCUUCACCUCACAGCAUAGACCAGGUGUGGUUUUACAGCAUCACCGGCUUUGAGAGGGCUCGCACCUGGACGUACCGUUGCCUUACCUUGCUGCUCGCCGUGCCCUUCGCUUUCCUCUGUGGAGUCUUCCUGGCCAUUCUGGCUUGUCUGCACGUGUGGUUUGUGGUGCCCUGCAUACAGCUGAGCUACACCUUCCUUCCAUGCCUGCGGUCCUUGUGCAUGUUUUCUGUGAAUGUUUUCAUCUCCCCCUUUUGUGCGUCUCUCGCCCUCUGCUGCAGUCAGAUUGCCAUUUCACUGUCCAACAAAGACUGGCAUCAAAUGAGGGACAAAGAGGCUGCACCAGUGUAAGACGUGGCCAGCAGGUGAUAAGUGAGUGACUGAGUUACAGCAUCAUUGAGUAAAGGACUCAGACUCAAGUCUGACUUGAGUCCUGGUUUUCUGUAGUCAUAACUUGACAUGGAUGUGAACACUGAUGACUCAGAUUUGGACUCAGGCAUUGAGUGCAUUCUCACUCAAGAGGUCCCCUUUUUUUAUAAAGCAACACUAUGCAAGUUUUUUUUUACAUUAAACUAGAAGCUUCCCCCUGAACACCUGUGCUUUUUCUACAGCUGCUUUGAGUUAUGCAAUGAAGUCCGGUGAACCUCUGGAUGUUCUGCAGAGGAGCUGUAUUUGAGAAUGCAAAUGUCUGAUUGAGAGCCUCCAGACUUAGUUUUUCUCCUUCCAGCCCCUAAGAAAAAAUUCAGCAGAAUGUCUAAAGGAGCCCAUGUGAGAGCACAGCUGGUGAUCCUACACAGGGUUCACUGCGAGUUAGUGGGUGCUUUGAUGACAAUUCUUACCUGUGACAGAUGCAAAAGUGAAAUGGCAUGGCAGGGCCAUACACAUGCCAUAUACAUACAUGUGCUGUAAACAAAAAAACAUGAUCUCUGGGGGAGAUGCUUUUGCUUUGUUGCUUGUGAGUGAAAGGCCAACUCUGGUGAAAGUCUGGACCCAAUUCUGCAGACAUCUUCCAGAAUUCAUGUCUGAAAACAGCUUAUGUAACUUUGGUGAGUGGGUAUGAUCUGUACGUAGCUGAAGUAAUACAUUUCCAGAAUCAAGUUCAAGAGUAAUGCUGUAACUGAAGAUCAGUUAAAAAGACAGAAGAGGGUAAUAAUGGGUAAUAUGCACCAUUCAGUUGUGUUUCAGUUCCACCCCACACAGUGAUAGGCUUUGUUUUUUCUCUGUGUGAAAACCCUUAAAUCUCUCAUAUUCAGAGCACAACAGAAUUGGACCACAGAGGGCGCCGUUGCUCAGUGAAAGUUACACAGUGUUGCUUUUAUUUUUGUGUGAGGGCCGGCACUGGUGUUCACCUACAAGCAGAUUCAUGUAUAUACCACCAAUUUGUGCUAAGAUGCCUAAAGAGAUGCUUUAAAUCAUCAGCUUCUCCCUGAUGUGACCUGGACAUUGGAGACACAAACCUUGAAUGAGAUUCAAGGUUUGACUUAACUUACAACACGGGACGGAGUGAGUGGGAUAGAGUGAGAAAAUUUAGUUUAAAUGUGCAUAUGUCUUUUUUUGUUUUUCAAUUUCUGCAACCUGGUAAUGUUACUGCUCUUUGAUGUGUUUUCUAUAUGUAAAGAUAAUUCAUAACAAUGAUUCUUGUCAACAUUACUAUUACUGUUACGUUUGAACUGACUUCAGAUGU